UCAUCAAUAUUCUUUAGUCUACGAACACGCACAAUGGGCGUUUGAACCAAUGCCUCGUUAACAUAAAUAAUGGGGUAGUUGUAUUUAGAUAAUACUAUCGACGUAUUGACGUGCCUAUAGCAACCGAGAUACUUGAUGUCUGAACAACGUUGACAGACUGAGUCCUCUCACGGACCAACACAAGCAGCUUGAAGAUGAGACUCUUCUGCAAGGUGAUCUUUGUUCUUGGGUGUCGGCUGAUUGUCGUAUCUGGGGACGCAUGCAAUAUUGAAUCUCUGUUAGUAAGUGGACAUGCCCUUCCAGACUAUUCCUUUCAAUACGAGAGGAACUCCAACGUUUUAAGCUGUGCAUCUUUUUGUUUGAGGGCUGAGGUGUGUGCAUCGUUCCAAUUGGACACCAACACGAGGAUUUGUUUUCUGAAUUUGAAAAACUCAACAAGUGGGCCUGGCAUUCAGAUUCGUCCUGGGUUUAUAUACAGCGAUAUCAACGGCUGGCCUAAGGGUUUAAGUGGACCAUGCGGAAAUCACUCCUGCAGUAACGAACAGAUGUGUAUUGUACCGAGGAGCGGUGAUACAGAGUGCAAACCUGUGCGAUUUAUGGACAUUAAACUCAACACCAGAACAAGUUACAGCUUCAUCCACAAGUUCCGGAUGUGGCCCUGGGCUCAGGAGUACUGUCAAAAAGAAGGUGGCCAGUUAGCUAGGAUCAAAACUGCUGAAGAGAACACAUUUAUUGGAAAUAUGACAGAAAUAUUUGGCUCCGACUUCAGGCACCAUUGGGUGGGAGGUGUCUAUCAUGCGGAUGACGACACGUGGCGGUGGCCAGAUGGAACUCUGAUUUUGUACUAUGCCUGGGGCGAAACUCAUCCGCGUCGUGUCAAUGGAUCCACCAUGACUGUGCAGCCCAACUUUGGAUGGACAGACGAGCCAAGUCAUUACAAAUUCUAUUUCAUUUGUGAAUUCGAGGAAUAGUCUUCUAAAGAACGUGACCAGAGUGUCAAUUUUGCACAUGCGAGGGACAUCUGAUUUAGCUUAAAUAUAUUUUAUUUUCAUAAAAAGGAUUGGGCACAAGUAAUCACAACUUAGAACGCCCUCUCUCAUAGACUUACAUGUAUGCUUAUUUUCAGUUGAUAAAUCAAAUGACGGAAAGGAAAGAAAAGAUAUAUAUUCACAUUGCUCACUCAAACCUUUUUGUUUUCUUUAUAUAUGUAUGUACAUUCUUAAAAAUGCUUUCGUUCACAUAAUUAGGUAAAAUUGCAUUUCCAACUGGCAUCAGGUCAAUAUUUACAUCACAAGUAUCUUUCACCAUUAACAAUAGUGAGUGCAUCAAUUCGUUUCUAGCUGAUUUAAUAAAGGACAUUCAAUGAAAAAAUGAUAUGAAUUUUCACAUGGGCUGCCACAUCGGAAAAUUGGAUCCUCGUUUAAACCUUUUCUAAAAAAGUCAUUUUUUUUAUUCACUGUCAUCAUAUCUUAAUUUUGUAUGUAUUAUGUUAAUUUUCCUUAAACCCCCAUGAGAAAUAUGAUGGAGCUGUAGGUUUAUCUGCUCUUAAACUAAUAAAUUUCAAUAUUCCCUUGCUGAAUAGGUAAUGUAUUCCACAAUUUGAUAGCGGAUGGUAUAAACGAGGAUUCAGAUAACUUAGUACGUAAUAGAGGCAUAGUUAUAUUGUGAGCGGUUCUAAGGUUGUAUGUUACGCUUGUCCCGACAGAGUGAGGUACAAGAUCUUUAAGGUAUGAAGGUGUCAUAUUGUUAUACAUUUGAUAGAAUAAACACAAUUUACGUUUUCUCCUGCGCUCUGAUAAGGCUCCCAGGAAGUUUCGAAAUAUAAAUUUUUGACGGAAGUAUAGGUUGGUAAACCAGUUACAAUUCUUGCUGCUUCCAGUUGGAGUUUUUCUAAUCUGUCACUCUGCUCCUUGGUACAACCGUCCCAAACUUCACAUGCAUAUUCAAAAUGUGGUUUAAUAAACAUUGCAUAAAUCUUAUUCAACACACUACGACAGAGCAUAUACUUAAGCUUUCUCAAUGAAUGAAUCAUCUUUGAUGUUGUUUUAAUAAUCGAAUCAAUAUUACAUGACCACUUGCCCGAUGACGACAAUAUAACACCCAGGUGUUUGUGUGUUUUAACAUUUUCAAUGAUUUGAUUAUCCAAAAAUAAUUUCAAAGUUCUCUGCGGCUCUCUUGUGGAAACGAGAAUUGAUUUUGUUUUGCUCGGAUUAUAUAGAGUUAGCCAGUCUUGAUCCUGUUUAUUAAUUUUGUUUAAAUUGCUAUUCAUAGUAGUUUCUAUAUGUUCAAUGUUAUUAGAUGAUAUCCCUAGGGAUGUGUCAUCGGCAAAUAAUCUUGUUGCACAGUUCAAUCUGUCAGUAAUAUCAUUGAUGUACACAAGGAACAAGAAAGGGCCCAGUACCGAUCCCUGUGGCACACCAGCUUUUAACUCUUCAGUGUCAGACUAUGUUCCAACGAAUUCUUAUGAAAAUAAUUUUGCAAGUGCUUGAACACAACUCGUUCGAAUACUUUCCCGAUACAGCUUAUUAAAGAUAUUGGUCUAUAA